AGGAGGAAUAUGGCAUCAUCAUCUAAUUCCCCAUGUGCGGGGUGUAAGUUCUUGAGGCGGAAAUGCCAGCCAGAGUGCGUUUUUGCGCCCUAUUUCCCACCUGAUCAGCCCCAAAAGUUUGCCAACGUCCACAAGGUAUUCGGCGCAAGCAACAUCACAAAACUACUCAACGAGUUGCACCCAUCGCAGCGAGAGGACGCUGUCAAUUCACUAGCAUACGAGGCAGAUAUGCGUCUCCGUGACCCUGUCUACGGCUGCGUUGGAGUCAUAUCUCUCCUUCAGCACCAGCUCCGCCAACUGCAAAUGGAUCUGAGCUGUGCCAAGUCUGAACUGUCCAAGUAUCAGAGCUUGGGCAUCACCGGCCAUGCUGGGCUCAUAGCAGCGGCGGCAGCUGCGGCCACAACCACUGCCACCACACAUCAAAACUUGGGAACUAAUCUGUUCGGCAGCGAAGUUGGUGGAGGGCGGGACCAUCAUUACCACCACCAGUUUUUCCCACGGGAUCAUCAUCAGCAGCAGCAGCGGAUGAUAAGGAGCUUUGAUGGUGGGAGUAACUAUGAUGCAAGCCUUCCUGCCACGAACGUUUCUGCGGGGAUUGGCCAACUCAAUCAGUACCAACAACAGAGAGCCGCAGCUGGAGAUGACCGCCGUUCCAUUGAUCCAUCUUAG